AUGGAUCGGGACGAGUAUCGGCGUCGUGGGAAGGAGCUGGUGGAUUACAUCGCUGAGUAUCUGAGCACGUUGAGGGAGCGCCGCGUCUGUCCCGAUGUGAAGCCCGGCUACUUGCCCCUGCUGCUCCCAACCUCCCCACCCCAGGAGCCUGAGGCUUGGAGCAGCAUCUUCAGCGACGUCGAGAGGCUCAUCAUGCCCGGGCUGGUCCACUGGCAGAGCCCACACAUGCACGCCUACUUUCCCGCUCUCACCUCCUGGCCCUCGCUGCUCGGCGACAUGCUGGCAGAUGCCAUCAACUGCCUGGGCUUCACUUGGGCCUCGAGCCCUGCCUGCACGGAGCUGGAGAUAAGCAUGAUGGACUGGCUGGCGGUGAUGCUGGGGCUCCCUGAUCACUUCUUGCACCAGCACCCCAACAGCAGUGGGGGUGGAGUGCUGCAGAGCACAGUCAGUGAGUCAACAUUGGUCGCCAUGCUGGCUGCGAGAAAAGCCAAGAUCGCGGAGCUGAAAUCCAGUGACCCUGGAGCGGAAGAUGCUGUGCUCGCCUCCCGACUUGUCGCAUAUGCCUCUGACCAGGCUCACUCUUCGAUAGAGAAAGGAAGAUUGAUCACUUUGGUAAAACUCCGCUUACUAGAGACUGAUGAGGACUUCUCUCUACGAGCUAAGACCCUGAUCCAAGCAUUGGAAGCAGAUCGAAAACGUGGACUUGUUCCGUUCUUUCUCUGUGCCACAUUGGGAACAACUGGUGUGUGUGCCUUUGAUUGCCUGAGCGAGCUUGGACCCCUCUGCGCCCAGGAGGGGGUCUGGCUUCACGUGGAUGCUGCCUACGCGGGGACCGCCUUCUUGUGCCCCGAGUUUCGCACACACCUGCGGGGCGUGGAGUGGGCCGACUCCUUCACCUUUAAUCCUGCCAAGUGGAUGAUGGUUCACUUCGACUGCGCGGCCUUCUGGGUCAAAGACAAGUGGAAACUGCAGCAGACUUUCGGGGUGAACGCCGUGUACCUGCAGCACCCCAAUUCGGGAGCGACCGUGGACUUCAUGAAUUGGCAAAUCCCGCUGAGCCGCCGAUUCCGAUCGCUGAAACUCUGGUUUGUGAUCCGCUCGUUCGGGGUGCUCGGGCUACAGGCACACGUCAGGCAUGGUACAGAGAUGGCAAAGUACUUCGAGUCCUUGGUUAGAAGUGAUUCACGUUUUGAAAUCCCAGCCAAGAGACACCUUGGGUUGGUGACUUUUCGUUUAGAGGGAACAAACAGUUUGACUGAAGAACUCCUGCAAGAACUCAUCCAAUCGGGCACCAUGUACUUAGUCCCAGCCACCAUCAACAAGCUCUUCAUCAUCCGCUUUACCAUCACUUCUCAAUUCACCACCAGUGGAGACAUUCUGCGAGAUUGGAAUAUCAUCCAGCAAAGUGCAGACAAAGUCCUGACCAGAAGUCCCCAACAUUAGAUGACCUCUUGAGCGAUGGAUCGGCCAAGUGCUAGAUUUUGACAGCUUUCUACAAGGAGCCACAUAAAAAGUAAUUGCAUGCGAGGUUCAGGCUAAUAUAUUGUCAUGGGUCGGGGAGUGGUUUUAGGAUAGAGGGGCAGGGUAAGUGGGUCAGAAGAACAUAAGAAACAGGAGCCGGGCUAUCUGCUCCUUCAAGCCAGCUCCACCAUUCGCCAAGAUCAUGGCUGAUCUUCCACUUCCAACACUUCCACAGCACUGUCCCCACAUCCGCUGCUUCCUGUCAGAUCCACAAAUCUAUCAACCCGUCUACUGAGUGAACAGUGAAUGAAUUCCACUGCCCAUCAGGAUAGAACAUACCAAAGAUUUCUUAACUAUUAAGUAGUUCCUCCUUACCUCAAUCUUAAGUAGUUGUUCCCUUAUUCUUAAACUGUGCUUGCUGGCCUUAGACAGUUCACACAGGGAAAUAAAUGUUCUUAAAUUUAGACAACCGGCUCACAGCACCAUGGAUCCAGCAUCACCGAUGUCCGAUACAGUCACAGUAAGACUUUGUCUCUUGCAAUCAAAUCCUCUCAUUGUAAUGACCAACAUAUCAUUUGCUGUUCCAGCCACUCGUGUUGGCCCUCAGUAACUUGUGUAAAAGUACACCUGCGGCUCUCCAAACAUCAACGUAUCCAUCCCCUCGCUGUUCAACAACUAUGCACUUUUACUGCUUGGUGCAACAGACUCUCAUUAUCUACAUUAUAUUCCAUCUGCCAUGUCCUCACCCAUUGCCUCAGCUUAUCCAUGUCCUAUUUUACACUUUCCUUUCUACUCAAUUCUGCCUAGUUUAAUAUCACCAGCAAACAUGGAAACAUGACAUUUGAUCACCUCAGCCAAUUACUGAUAGAUUGUGAACAGCUGCAGCCCGAGCAGCUACUCCUCUUGUACCCAUUGGUCACAGCAGCCAACUUGAUUUAUCGGUAUUUAUUUAUACCACUCUUUGCUUUCUGUCCGACACUAAUUUUCAAUCCAUUGCAGUACACCAAUCUGUUUUCCUGUGUGUGGGACUUUAUUGAAAACCUUCUGAAGAUCCAAAUUCGCCAUAUCUACUGGUAUCCCCAUAUCUAUGGAGAUACAGCAUGGAAACAGGCCCUUCAGCCCUUUGAAUCCAUGCCAACCAGCAAUCAUGCAGGCUCAUAUAUAUUCCACACAUUUAUCUACCUCUUUAUUACAACAAGUUUGAUUCACCGCCUCUAUAUGUAGGCCAGAGUCUCCCAUGAUUGCCCCUGUUCCAUGUACAGUGCCCUCCAUAAUGUUUGGGACAAAGACCCAUCAUUUAUUUAUUGGCUUCUGUACUCCACAAUUUGAGAUUUGUAUAAACACAGCUGUAGUUUCUACAUGGUGAAACCAAAAUGUAUAAAAAUGGCCUUUAUUAAAAAUCUGACCA